GCACAGCAUUUCAAAAGAGGCUGAACCCAAACAACAGGAGGAGGAAGUCACCUUUAGAAGUUCAGUAAAGCACGCCGGCUUCGUAGCCGACAGUUGUAGAGGAGACCGUCGCUCCUGUGUGCUUUUAGUUAAGAAUGGCAAGAACGGCAGACGGAAACUUAAGACCUCAAAUGAACCAGAAUGGAGUGAAAUGUGACGAUCACGGGAAAAAUGGCUAUCACAACAAGAAAGAGAAAACUGGCCCUCGGACUGGCGUCGCCUCCAGACAGCCCAAUCAAGAGUCUUUUGAGCAGGCACCCAUGUAUGUGGCAGUCAUGACAUACCUUGGGUUUGGCAUCGUCACUCUGUUUGGUUACUUCAGAGAUUUCCUCAGAGCCGUGGGCUUAGAAAAGUGCAACCUCGCACAGGAAAGAGAGGAACAGAAGGAUUUUGUUCCACUUUACCAAGAUUUUGAAAACUUUUACACAAGAAACCUGUACAUGAGAGUACGAGACAACUGGAACCGUCCAAUAUGCAGUCUGCCAGGACCCGUCUUUGACCUGAUGGAGAGGGUGUCUGAUGACUAUAACUGGACUUUCAGGUUUACUGGGAGGACAAUACAUAAUGUCAUCAACAUGGGCUCCUACAACUACCUUGGUUUUGCUGAAAACAACGCAGAUUUUCUGAAAACUGUGGCACAUAGAUUGCAGCAGUAUGGCGCUGGGGUUUGCAGCACAAGACAGGAAAUUGGUAACCUGAGCAUACACAAGGAGUUGGAAGAGCUUGUGGCCGAUUUCCUCGGGGUAGAGUCCUCCAUGACCUUUGGGAUGGGCUUUGCCACCAACUCUAUGAACAUUCCAGCACUUGUUGGCAAGGGUUGUUUAAUACUAAGCGAUGAGCUCAAUCACACAUCUCUCAUCUUGGGGGCCCGGCUGUCAGGAGCACAUAUCCGAGUGUUCAAACACAAUAACAUGCACAGUCUGGAGAAGAUGCUUAAAGAGGCAGUUUGCUCAGGGCAGCCUCGGACUCACAGGCCAUGGAGGAAGAUCCUGAUCAUGGUGGAAGGCAUCUACAGUAUGGAGGGCUCAGUGGUUCGACUACCUGAAAUCAUUGCUCUGAAGAAGAAGUAUAAAGCGUAUCUGUACCUGGAUGAAGCCCACAGUAUCGGCGCAGUGGGGCCAUCCGGGAGGGGUGUGACGGAGCUGUUUAAUGUGAACCCAGCUGAUGUGGACGUGAUGAUGGGGACUUUCACAAAGAGCUUUGGGGCUGCUGGAGGCUAUAUCGCAGGAAAGAAGGAGCUGGUAGACUACUUGCGUUGUCAUUCUCACAGUGCAGUAUACGCCUCAGCCAUGUCUCCUGCAGUUACAGAGCAGAUCAUACGUGCUAUAAAAUGCAUCAUGGGAAAAGACUGGAGCACAGAAGGCAUUAGACGGAUCCGCCAACUGGCAGAGAACACCAGGUACUUCAGGGCCAAGCUGAAGGAGAUGGGCUUCAUCAUCUACGGCAAUGAUGCCUCACCUGUAGUGCCGAUUCUGCUCUACAUGCCGGGCAAAGUGGUGGCUUUCGCUCGAGAAAUGCUGGAGAGGAAAAUAGGUGUGGUUGUAGUUGGCUUUCCAGCCACGCCGAUUACAGAGGCCCGGGCUCGCUUUUGUGUGUCUGCAGCUCACACUAGAGACAUGCUGAACCAGGUCCUGCAUCAUCUGAAUGAGGUGGGGGAUCUUCUCUGUCUGAAGUUCUCACGGCUGAAGCAUUCGUCCCUGCCUGACCUCUGUGACGAGACAGACUUUGAGCUGGACACUUGAUUUGACCCACGACACCUGAACUUCACAGUGUCAAAACUAAACAUCCUGUCAACCCAUAAACACAUGUUGUAAGGUAGCAACUAUACCUUACAACAGAGGUGGGACCAAAUGUUUGGCAGCUGCUUUUCAUGUGUUUGUAACACAGUUUGAUUCAGCAGAAUAACUUUCUUUUUUUUUUUUUUUUUUUU